AGGAGGAGAGAAGGGAAGAGGAGGAGAAGGAAAGAAGGCAGGAAGCAAGAUUUGGGAUCCAGGCAAUGAGGAGAAGAAGUGGGGAUGUGAUGCAUGCUGCUAAGCGGGUCAUGUCUGCCAGUGCCUCUUGUUUGGGAUUGCUGGGAAUCUGGUUGUUUCUUAUUGUCUUCUUUAUCCUGGAGGCAGCUGGAACCAGAAGCUCAGCAUUUAGCAGUAUGGCCUCAGAUGCUUCAUGCUGUAACCAGGCAAAGGAUAAUUUAAUGUGUCGUGAUGUAUGUGAACAGAUAUUAUCUUCAAAAAGUGAGUCCCGCAUAAAACACCUGUUCCUGAGAGCACCAGAUUACUGCCCGACUUCAAUGAUUGAUGUUUGGACAUGUAUUAAUUCAUCACUGCCAGGUGUUUCCAAGAAGUCAGAUGGCUGGGUAGGCCUUGGAUGCUGUGAACUAGCAAUAGCUGUGGAGUGUCGGCGAGCUUGCAAGCAGGCAUCAUCGAAAAAUGAUAUUUCAAAAGCCUGCAGAAAACAAUACGAGACAGCCCUUAUUAGCUGUAUUAACAGAAAUGAAAUGGGAUCAGUGUGCUGUAGUUAUGCAGGACGGCACACAAAUUGUCGGGAAUAUUGUCAAGCCAUCUUUCGCACAGAUUCAUCACCAGGUCCUUCCCAAAUUAAAGCAGUUGAAAAUUUCUGUGCUUCUAUCAGUCCUCCCUUAGUUCAGUGUGUAAACAACUACACCCAGUCGUAUCCAAUGAGGAACCCUGUGGACAGUUUGUACUGCUGUGACAGAGCUGAGGAUCCACGUUGCCAGGCAGCUUGCAAAAGAAUUCUUAUGUCUAAGAAAACAGAGCCUGAGAUUGUUGAUAGCCUUAGUGAAGGAUGCACCAAACCUCUACCCCAGGAUCCCCUUUGGCAGUGCUUCCUGGAAAGCUCAAGGGCAGUUCGUCCUGGAGUCAACAUCGCUCCUCCGCCUUCAGCAGGUCUUGAUGGUGCUGAACUGCAUUGCUGUUCCAAAGCAAACUCUUCAAACUGUAGGGAUUUGUGCACUAAAUUAUACAGUACAAGCUGGGGAAAUACACAGGCUUGGCAAGAUUUCGAAUUUGCUUGUGAAUAUAACCCUCUGGAAGCACCAAUGUUAACAUGCUUAGCUGAUGUAAGAGAACCGUGUCAACUGGGCUGUCGAAAUCUCACAUUCUGCACAAAUUUUAACAACAGACCAACAGAGUUAUUCCGCAGCUGCAAUAUUCAGUCAGACCAGGGUGCAAUGAAUGACAUGAAACUAUGGGAGAAAGGCAGCAUUAAAAUGCCCUUCAUGAAUAUUCCUGUUCUGGAUAUUAAAAAAUGUCACCCAGAAAUGUGGAAGGCUAUAGCGUGCUCACUGCAGAUUAAACCUUGUAAUAGUAAAUCUAGAGGAAGCAUCAUCUGCAAAACAGAUUGUAUAGAAAUACUUACAAAGUGUGGUGAUCAUAGUAGAUUUCCUGAGAGUCACACAGCAGAAAGUAUUUGUGAGCUUCUUUCUCCUUCUGAUGAAAAUGAAGACUGCAUUCCACUUGACAGUUAUCUUAAAUCAAGCCCACUGGACAAUGCCAUAGAGGAAGUUACUCAUCCAUGUAAUCCAAAUCCUUGUCCAGCAAAUCAUUUGUGUGAGGUGAAUAGGAAGGGGUGCCUCCCUGGAGAACCGUGCCUUCCAUAUUUCUGUAGUCAAGGAUGCAAGUUAGGCGAGGCUUCUGAUUUUCUUGUGCGCCAUGGUGUGCUCAUUCAAAUGCCAUCAGGAGCAGCUGGCUGUUACAAAAUUUGCACUUGUGGGCAGAGUGGAACACUGGAAAACUGUUUGGAUACACAGUGUGUUGACCUUCAGAAAUCGUGUAUUGUUGGUGGACAACGAAAAAAUCACGGGGAGUCAUUUAAAGUAGAUUGUAAUAUCUGCUCAUGUGUUGCUGGCACACUGAGGUGUUCGAAUCAUCAAUGCCCCCACUCAGAAGAAGAUCGUAGGAUGUUUACAGGUCUACCCUGUAACUGUGAAGAUCAAUUUGUUCCUGUAUGCGGACAAAAUGGACGUACAUACCCAAGUGCAUGUAUAGCACGAUGUGUUGGGUUAUUGGAUCACCAAUUUGAAUUUGGGCUCUGUUCCUCCAAAGAUGUAUGCAAUCCAAACCCAUGUUCCAGAAAUGAAAGAUGUAUUCCAAAACGACAAGUUUGUAUAACCAGCUAUGAGAAAUUUGGGUGUGCCCAGUAUGAAUGCAUCCCAAGGCAGCUUAAAUGUGAACAUUCCCGGGACCCAGUGUGUGACACUGAAAAUAUGGAGCACAUGAAUCUUUGCACCUUAUAUCAAAGAGGAAGGCUGCUGUCAUAUAAAGGGUCAUGCCAACCUUUUUGCAAAUCUGCAGAACCUAUUUGCGGGCACAAUGGAGAGACAUACCCUAAUGUUUGCAGUGCGUAUUCAAAUCGUGUUGCUGUGGAUUAUUAUGGACACUGCCAGGAUGUUGGAAUCUUUUCAGACCAAGGCCUUCAUAGUGAAUGUUUGUCUAUUCAGUGCCCCACAAUCCCUGCCACAGUUUGUAAACCCGUCACGCCACCUGGAGCAUGUUGUCCAUUGUGUGCUGGUGUCCUAAGAAUCUUAUUUGACAAAGAAAAACUGGAUACUUUUGCCAUGGCGACAAAGAAUACACCAAUAACUGUUAUGGACAUCCUUCAGAAAAUUAGACAGCACAUCUCUGUACCUCAGUGUGAUGUAUUUGGGUACUUAAGUAUGGAAUCUGAUAUUAUUAUCCUUAUUGUUCCUGUUGAUAGUCCCCCAAAAUCAAUACAGAUUGACGCAUGCAAUAAGGAGGCUGAGAAAAUCAAUUCCCUUAUAAAUUCAGACAGUCCAACCCUGGUAUCCCAGGUGCCAUUAUCAGCACUCAUAACUUCAGAAGUUCAAAUAUCAACAACAUUAACUUCUGAUUGUAACAGAAUUUGUUUAAGUAUUAAUUAUAUUUAUUUAUAUCUUGCUAUAUCCAUGUUGUAUAUAACCUUUAAUGCAUAAGCUGCACAUCUUACACGUUGCUCUUUUUUUGAAGAGAGUAUUAUUUCUGUGAUACGUAACCAAUAUGCAAAACAGGAAUCUGUUCUAAAAAGAUUAAAAAAUGCAAGGAAUUUUGUAUAUGUCAAAAAAUUAGAGGGAUCUUUAUUUCUAUGAAAUCAAAUCACUUAUUUUUUAUAAAUCGGUUAAGCAGAUACAUUUAAACUAAAUGCUUUGUAUAUACAAUUAUGAUAAAAUGUAUUUUUUAAAUAUAUCAACUGUGAAGUAUUAUUUGGAUUUUCACAAGGUGUGAUACAAUUCUAUUGUUGUUGCUAAAUAAUAAAGGCUGUAAUGUAAGGAGAUACCAUUUUUAAACUCCACCCCCCCCCCAUAAUCCCUUGUCACUAACCUGUUUUCCAGCUUGGCCUGGUAGCCUUAUUUCACUUGGCAUGAUUGCUGCUGUUCUGAAUUGCUUCCGUUAACUCUAUGCAUGUGCAUUAAACAUUCUAAAAAGUAGUAUGUUCUGUAAAUUAGAUGCAUGGUGUAAAGCAAGUGCUGCUGGACAAGUCUCUGAAAAGGGUUACCAGCUAACACCAUUAAAAAAGGGAUAAACAUGAAUAUUCUUGAAGGGGGAGAAGACUUUGCAUUUAACCCUAGCAAACAGGCAAUAGUUAAGAUGUUAGAUUGGAUGAUGAAUAAUAGAGGACCCCAAGAGUUAUAUAAAACUAUAAAGAAAUAAGGCUAACCUUAAAACUGAAAUCUCAGUCUGUUUUUAGAUGCUGUGGUCAGUGACCAUCACAACCCAAUAGCAUUUUCAGCAAGCAGACUAGGAAUGGUAGUAAUUCAAAGGCCAUAAAAAAAGAAUCCCAGUUAAAACACAGUCUCUAGAAUUGGUCCAUUUAUAACAUUUUAUUCAAACUUUUUUAAUAAUUAUAAUUUUAUUAAAGUUUCCCUUUAGUUCCCAAUGAAAAAUACUGAUUGCACAUCUGCAUUAAAUACAUAAAUAAGUAUAACCCUUUAACCCUAUGUUCAACAUGAGUUAAUAGGGCAGGGCCUUGGAUAAAACUACUUUUUACCUAUUGUUAUAAUUAAGACACAUAUGCUUUUAGUAAUAUGUUGCACUAAUCAGGGCAGUUAAGGAGAAGAAAUCAGGUAAUCAAAUUACCAGUCCAUAUUUAAAUACUCUGGAUAAUGAGACGCCAGCUACAGCUUACAGCUAAGCGUCACACAAUUUCACCCACAACCUCCCUGUAGGCCCCUAAAGCAGAAGAAGCAGGCCUGACACCAUACAGCCACAGGGUCUGCUUGCUUUAUAGUUACCCCACUGGUGUAUAGACAAGAUAAAGGUGUCUUUUAUUAAAAAUAAUUUUUGAUAACCCUAUAUAGAAUAUUUUUUUUAAUUUAAUUUUGAAAUACGACUAGAGGCAGAACAGUUUCUUACCAAGUCCCCUCUGAUGUGCUUCAGUCUCUCUACUGCUGUGCUGCAAGUUGGUGUGAUUUCAACCCAUUAACCGUAUUGUAUCAUAGAGACAAAUGGCCAAAAUUGGUCAUGCUGCAAAGUUGGUAGUGAGAAUUUUCAUUUGGCCCAGAGUUGUUUGCAGUAGUCUAAUAAAUAAGGUUGUCACCUUCAACUCGGCUGAAGGUUCAAAGGGCACAGCAUGUGACAUUAGCAGGCAGCAGAUAAUGAAAACUGGCAGGAAACUGGACAGCCUAUGUAAAAAAUGGAAUGGUCCAACACCAGGCAGGUGGCAACCCUACUUAUAAAGGGCAAGGAGCUGUUCUGGGCAGGGUGAGGCAACAGGUGACAGGGAGUUGUUUGUGUGUGUUAGAAUCAAGCAAUAAAGUUAAAGGAAUUAAUCUGAGGUAAAACAGAACUGAGCAGAUAGUUGAAUGGCAGAAGGUUGAAGUGAGCAAGGAGUUUUAAUCCAGACUGGAGCUAUUUAAAAGAGUGACUGUCAUUUAUUGGAGAUCUUAUAUUCAGUUGUUCCAUUUGCAAUGUUUGCAGCAGAUGGUGGCAGUACAGUUAUGUUGCUCCCUGAGCAAAGGAUUGGCUGUUGCUAUACUGAUGACAUUGUAUUCCAAGGGAUAGAAGUAUAGAAAAAUUAUGAUUCUGUUGAAAACUUUGCAUUAUAGUCCGCCUCUUGGAGAAAACAAUUUUAAUAAAGAGGGGAAAAAUAAUGAUCGCUUUUUGACAAAGCCGCUGCUAUUUUUUUACAGGAACCUUAGAUAUGUACCAAAAACAGAGUUUCUUUUAUAUAUUAGUUUCUUUUAUAUAUUUAUAUAUAGGGAAAGAAAGAGAAAAUAAUGUGCCCCCUGUUGUAAAAUAUGAGGCUAUUAAAAGCCACCAAGGAGUUCUGUGGUCAUAUCAAGGCACACGGCCAAAGGCCAAGUCUUCUAAUAUCCUAAUAUUUUACAAUAGGGGCAGUGCUGGAAUUGGGGAGGGAUGGGGAGGGAUGCCACCUCUCCUCUUCUUUAUUUCUGUGAAGUGGCAUCCCCUCAGGGGGGAAGCAAUAGUUUUCUGGGGUCUUUGUAUUCUUAAGGGGUCUUAUAACACACAGUAUGCAAGCAGGGUGCUAUGUUUGCAGAAGCUGAAUUGGCAGCCAAGAAAAGUUGGCAUCCCUCCAAUUUUUUAUUUUCAUUCGAGCACCAAAUAGGGGGUACAUUAUUUAUUUUAAUAAACAAGUUUCAAUGAGUCAUGUGACAGAAAAUACAUCACUAAGCACUAAUUAUAACUGACGAGAUUACUAAGCGCCAUUUAUAAGGAUAUGAUUUACAGGAUAUUCAUGGCUCUUGUGUACAUAUAUAUAUAUAUAUAUAUAUAUAUAUUAUAUAUAAUAUAUCAUUUUCUUUAUUUUGUAAAUUGUAUAAUAUACAUAUUAUUUCAGUAAAUAUCAUUAUGUAAUCAAUAUGGCAAUAAACUGCAUUAUUAUUUGUUUAUAUGGUAUUAGUGUACAUAUGCAUUUUUAUAUAGCUUUGUAUAUUAUAUAUUUUUUAUUCUAAUGUAUACAAUGGUAUAUGCUCCAAAUAUUGUAUUCGGAAGAAAAGAUUUUAGCUUGUCCAUUUUUUCCUUCACUUUUUUGUUUGAAUAGAUUUGUUUAUUCUUAUGUACCAACAUGUAUACAUACAAUAUUUUAAAACUCAAAAAUUAUUUACUUUUUAAAGGUUUUAUGUGUGCAUAUGCAGAACAAGGGUUCUUUUAUGGACAAGGUAGCAUAAAGAAAAUGUGUAUUUCAAUAAAACAUUAAGAUAUAUUGCA